AUGAAGCUACCGCGCACACUACACUAUCUCGGAUUGAAUCUAGUACUCAAUGUGUCCUUUGCACGGUCUUUGGAAGCUACUACGCAGAGGCAAGCCAUCAUAAUAGAUACGGACAUCUUUGGAGAUGUUGAUGAUGUGGGGGCUCUUACAGUGGCCAACGUACUUCAAAACUGUGGACUCGCAGCGAUUAAGGGAAUCGCCAUUAACACACCCUCAAAAUACGGAGCUCUUGCAGCAAGCGCGCUCACCACUUAUUUCGGCAAUGGUGAUGUCCCGAUAGCUGCUUUACGGCCACUCACUAAUGAGACAUAUUUCGACGAUUAUGAGUUCUUGAGUGAAUAUGCCAGCAAGAUUGCUACUCACUGGCCCAGAAAUCUUCAAGAUGAAGCAUCCACGCCCACACCACUGGAAUUUUAUCGUCAGACGCUGAGUGGUGUCGCGGAUAACAGCCUGAACAUCAUUUCAAUUGGCUUUCUGACAAAUUUGGAAAGCCUUCUGAAAUCCGGAAGUGACGACUUUAGUGCACUUUCCGGGAAGGAUCUCAUCUCUGCCAAGGUCAAGGAAUUGGUUGUCAUGGGAGGCAAUUACCCAUCGGGGUGGGAGUAUAACUUUGGGUAUAAAGAUCCCCAGAGCACGGCUUACAUUUUGGAAAACUGGCCAGGAAAUGUGCCGAUGACUUUUUCUGGAUCCGAACUCGGAGGGAGUGUCUAUACUGGAGAGAACCUCGCGCAAAAUUCGCCACCAAAUUCCCCUGUUCUGUCCGCAUAUCAGUGGUAUGUUGGGCGCGGAUCAGCCAUCCGGCCAUCUUGGGAUCCUAUCACGACUCUCUACGGCAUCCUGGGAAUUGAUGGAUUCUCGAAGAUCGGAAUGAAGAACUCGCUCGCCUAUGCGAAUGAAGGCGGAUAUAACAGUAUAACUUCAAAAAAUGGAUCUAAUGCAUGGGUCAAUGACACCAGUGUCACCAACCAGCAUUACUUGAAGCUGGCGGAUGGCGUGACGAACUCGAGUAUGGCCUGGCUACUUGAUCAAUUCUUUACCCAUGACCCAGCUCAGCUGACAUGCAUUGGUUGA